AUGGAUCGAAGACAUUUGCAGUCACUGCUUCCGGGCAGUGGCAACAACAGCAAUGCCACCACUUCCAACAGGUCCGCUCGCGCCGAGAGGCUGAGCCGCAAUAAAAUCACCCGCGUGGGCACCGCUUGCGAAGCCUGCAAACGGCGGAGAUCCAAGUGCAGCGGCCUCCCGGCGCCAUGCAAGCUGUGCUUGCAAAGCGGCAUCGAAUGUACAUUCGACCCUUCGCUCGACGGCCGACGAGCCGUGCAUCGUGAAGACCGCGAAGCCCUGCUUUCCCAGAAUCGCCUUCUCACGACUCUACUUCAGGCGGUCCGAUUUCGCUCGAGCUCACAGGUCGACGCCGUCAUCAGGUCGAUCCGCGAGAAUGAUCCAGCCGAUGACAUCUUCGUCACAAUUCAGGAGUGUCUCCGGCAACUCGACGAUGGCGAGACUGCCACAAGCGGGGCUGAUGGAUUGCCAGACGACUUGCAAUCACAGCUGCAAGACGCAACGUCUGUCGAGGAGUCGGCGCCGGAGGACUUGGACGAUAUGGUCUAUCUUGGGAUGCGUACACACGGCAGAGAACUCCUCGAGACCAUCAGCACCCCAAUAAGCCAUGACGGUGGCGAGGAUGGAAUCCAGCCAGGCGAUCAACUCAAGAGCGCCUUCUAUUCAUCGUACGACCAACCUCCUCUUACACCUUCUAGCGUACUUAGUCCUCCAGAGGGCGCCCACGAGCAGCCAGUGCAGCCAGUUGCAGAGGAACAAUUCCCUCGACAAUCCGGUGUCCACAGUGGCACUGCUCACCACAUCUACGAAGAGGUACCUUCAGACUCGAUUGCAUCAUCUUCGAGACCACAAAACAACGCUCCCAACUUGCAGCACAAUAGACGGGGUUGGCAUUUCGCCCUGCGCACUUUAGAGUCCCAGACAGCCCAUUCUAGUGGAGACCCGACAGAUACUCAGCCUGAAGAGACACAUCAAACGGAUGCUUCAUACCAGCUGGUAGCCCAACACGCACAUGCCGGUGAGGCUGCAGAUACUGGGAUCACCCCAUUUGUACCGGGGAUCGAUGCCCAAGGCCACAAUGCACGGCGUUCCCUGCAUGAUCGGGUAUCCCAGCUCUAUGGCGUCCGAACGCUAGUCAUGCAGGAGAACACCCCACUGAGCGACAUCAUCACUGGAUUCAUGGAUAAUGCGAAGACCCUGCUUUCAUAUGGUGCCUCCCCGUCUGGAGUGCUUGGUUCGGACUUGAUCGACGUGGAGUUGUUCUUCCGUGACCGUAAUGAGGAGGAUGACUUUACCGUCAGCGGAUGGGCGUGCGAGGUAUGGCGAAGCUUCCACGACUGGGACGUGUACGUCCGACUUGCGCAGAUCCUGGCAUAUACCGCAGUCAUGCGCUGGAUGCUUGUUCCCACUGCAGACUCUUAUGCUGCCAUUCCGGCCAUUCUCAAACCGCGUCCAAUCCAAUACUUAGUACCACAUCAUAUUGCUCUUGACUUCUUACCUCUACCGCCGUUGCGUGAAGCUCUAAUCAAGAAUCUGAGAGACUGGAUGACGGCAUUACCUGCAGCCCCUCUCAGCGUGAAUUGGGAUCGCGGGAUGGAUGAAGCCGUAAGGUGGGAUGAACACCGCCGUCGCCUCGUGCUCUCACAAGACUUUGUGGAUCAUGUCACCAAUUACCAGAACUGGAGCAUCGGUGAAAGUAUUCUGGGUACGUUUCCAGAGGUCAAGGGACUGAUUCGCCUUGAUAAGCAAUGA